CACAGUCAUGAUUAUGCUAAAAGAAGGGUCUUUUCGCCCGCUACCCGCCCUUGUAAUUAUGCGGGGUGGCCCACAGUAUAUACCCACUGACACGCCGUCUCCGGUUUUUCUUUUGGCUGUUCCCUUCUUCUCCUUUAUUUCCAGACGACCGUUGAUGUCGUUGUGGAUCGCUGGCUGGUACCUAGGUAGUACUUGUGCACGAUGAUGCUCUUUUCACCGCCAAGGUGCGACUUUCGCGUACCUUCCGCAUCUGGACGACAGACAGUUCCCGCUGCCUUCACUUCUCCAACUCCAUCUGUGCUCGCUUGGCUCGUGGACUCUCUAUCCACAUCGCCCUCACCUCGUACUCGCCAACCCACCAACGCGCCUUCCUCCCGACGCAACUCUUACCCACAAACUUCUCCACAAUCAACCCCGCGAAGGAACAACAAAGAACAACGAACUUCCCUCUCUGACAAAAUGUCUUUUGACUACGACUCCUACCAGUGCAGCCCGAGAUCACCCGCAUUUGAGCCCAUCUUGGGCAGCAUCACUGAGGCCGCCGAGUUCGAGGGUGAAUCAGACGUCGAGACCGAAACCAAACCCGUCAGGCCGUCACUCACCAAGAUCGACUCCGCGUCGCAGGAUGUGCCCGAGGCUUUCAUUCCUGAUAUCUCCAUCGGUGAACCAGAGCUCACUACAAAGACCGCCAAGGGCACUGUUAUUCAGUUUGCGCGCAUGACUACCGCUAAAGCAACCUCUGUUCGCCGCGUGCUUCGCAAGGUCCUCGAAGCCGACAAGGUCCGCCGCCGCAAGGUUUUGAAAGUCUACCUCAAGGCCCUCAACUUCUUGCGUUACAUGCUCAAGGCCCACGACCGCUAUGGAUCUGCAAUGAUGACGACUGGCAUGUACAUGCCGCGGUGAAGGAAGGAUUGGCUGUUUUAAAACGAUUUACGAGAACCUGUUUGGACGAAUUUCAUGAUUAUGCAUGAGCAUUUUGGGAUGCAGCAUUGCACGGCGUUAUAUACCCAAUGGCAUUUGGGUUACACGGAGAACACGAGACUGCGGUCUACUUUCACAUUUCAAUCACAUGCAACAAUUUGGUUGCAGUAUCUGGCGACAGGUAGCAAUACAAUCAUUCACGCCCUCGCAUCGUGUUGUGUCAGUACUUGAACGUCGUGUGCUUAGCUACAAAGCUGACUUGUCUCGCUGUAUCGAGUCUCACCCUGAUUGCCUCCCGGCGAGUCACUUUGUGGUUUUCA